AGAAACCUCCACUGGACACACAACUCACAGAAAUGGCGACUCUGGAUAUCUCGAGAGCCCUAUUCUCUCUCCUCCCUCCCAUUCCUAGGGUUUCUUUCUCUCCUCUCUCUCCCCUCUCUCCUCCGCCUGUCUUCGCCACCUCCUCUUCACACUCUCUCUCCCUUGCCCUCACCCUCCCUCACCUCCAUCGUCAGCGGACUCUUCCUCCAUGCAUUUCACGGCAGACAAAUGCACAGUUUUCCAACGAUACCGGGGGAUCAGAAUCAGAAGAAUUUUUAGAAGAAGAAGAAGAAGAAGAAGACGAAGCUGAUGAUUCUGAUGGUGGCGUUGAUUAUGAUGAUGAUGAUGAUGAAGAGGUUGCAAACCGAAGUUAUUCACUCGAUGUCGAUGCGCUCGAGGAAGAAGCGAAGCAUGCUGUUCGAGAGUAUUCUCGCUUUUUGUCACGCCAAUUGAGCAUCGAGGAGGAGGAUGGGGCAAAUGAGUCCAAGGGAAGGGGUGGAAAGCAGAAGAAGAGUAAAAGCACGACUAGAAAUGUCAUUCCUGACCAUCUUCUUCCGAGGGUUACCAUUGUUGGGAGGCCAAAUGUUGGUAAAUCGGCAUUAUUCAAUCGUCUUGUUGGGGGUAACAAGGCAAUUGUAGUGGAUGAACCUGGUGUUACUCGUGAUCGCCUCUAUGGUAGAGCCUUUUGGGGAGAUUAUGAAUUCAUGGUGAUAGAUACUGGAGGUGUCCUCACAAUUUCAAAAUCACAAGAUAAUGUUAUGGAAGAAUUAGCUAUUACAAAAACCAUUGGUAUGGAUGGGAUUCCACUUGCCUCCAGGGAAGCAGCUGUUGCAAGGAUGCCUACAAUGAUUGAGAAACAAGCUACUGCAGCUAUAGAAGAAUCGUCUGUUAUUAUAUUUCUUGUCGAUGGCCAGGCAGGUCUAUCAGCAGCUGAUGUGGAAAUAGCAGACUGGCUACGUAAAACUUACUCAAACAAGUGUAUUGUUCUUGCUGUGAACAAGUGUGAAUCUCCAAAGAAAGGAAUCAUGCAAGCAUUAGAAUUUUGGUCCUUGGGGUUUACUCCACUUCCCAUAUCUGCUGUAUCUGGGACUGGAACUGGAGAGCUGCUUGAUCUUGUUUGUUCAGGAUUAAAAAAAAUAGAGGAUCCUGAGAAUCUUGAUGGAGAAGAAAAUUAUGUUCCUGCAAUUGCAAUUGUUGGACGACCAAAUGUUGGUAAAAGUAGCAUUUUGAAUGCAUUAGUUGGAGAGGACAGAACAAUUGUCAGUCCAGUUAGUGGUACUACACGUGAUGCUAUUGAUACUGAAUUUACUGGACCAGAUGGCCAGAAGUACCGGCUUAUUGAUACUGCUGGAAUCAGAAGAAGGGCAGCCGUAGCCUCAUCAGGUAGCACAACAGAGGCUUUAUCAGUUAAUCGAGCAUUUCGUGCUAUUCGUCGUUCUGAUGUUGUGGCUCUUGUGAUUGAGGCCAUGGCCUGUAUCACAGAACAGGACUAUAGGAUUGCUGAGAGGAUUGAAAGAGAAGGGAAGGGUUGCCUGAUUGUUGUAAACAAAUGGGAUACUAUACCAAAUAAAAACCAACAGACUGCAACAUAUUACGAGCAGGAUGUCAGGGAGAAGCUUCGUGUUCUAGGUUGGGCACCUAUUGUCUAUUCAACCGCAAUAGCUGGUCAUAGCGUUGAUAAGAUCAUUGUUGCGGCGAGUACAGUUGAAAAGGAGAGAUCAAGAAGGCUAAGUACUUCCAUAUUGAAUCAAGUGGUGCAGGAAGCUCUUGCGUUUAAAUCACCUCCAAGGACCAGAGGUGGGAAGAGAGGACGUGUUUAUUACUGUACUCAGGCAGCUAUUAGGCCACCUACAUUUGUUUUUUUUGUUAAUGAUGCUAAACUUUUCCCUGAAACUUACCGGCGUUAUAUGGAGAAGCAACUGCGUUCAGAUGCUGGGUUUUCUGGUACACCAAUUCGACUUUUAUGGCGGAGUAGAAGAAAAAUAGAGAAGAAUGGAGCCCGAGCUGCAUCAGCAAAAACACAAGCAAACCUGGCACCACGUGGCAGAAAACUGACAGCUGCUACAUGAAUUGACAUCACAUUGUGGCAUUAGCUGACUUGAAUCAGACUUUGCUUCUGUGUUCCGGAAACAAAACACAAGCGUCUGGCUAUCAAUCUUGAAGACAAACUUGGCAAGGUUCUAUGAAGAGGAUCUGACAUAUAAAAAUCCCUGGAGAAGUAGACGAAAGCGCAUAUUGUAGCAGGCAAAUCAGGAGGUGUAAUGGUGUUUAUGUCAUGUAAUCUUUAUAUUAGAAUUAAAAGAACUUGGCUUAAGAUCAAACUCCCAUGAAGAUGAGGCACCCAUUUUCCAAUAAUUGGGGUUCAAUUCCAACACCUACCAUCUUGACCCACUUGGCUGCAUACUAAAUGGAUUGAUUUGAGCGGUGAGGAAAUUGCAAUCACUUCUUAUUCGACUAAACAGGAUUUUUAGUUCAGACACGUCUUCGUGUUUAAUUACACCUAAGUAUCCUGUGAAGAUAUUUCAAUGCACUAAAUGGCGUUUAGAAAA